AUGUCCAGUCUAGAAAUAAAUAAACUCUUCAGCGUGAAGGGCAUGGUUUUCGUGAUCACUGGUGGUGGUUCCGGAAUCGGCGCCAUGUUCGCCAAAACGCUGGCCACAAAUCACGCCUCCAAAGUCUACAUCCUUGGCCGACGCCUCCCAGCCCUCGAGUCCGUCGCAUCUCACUCGCCAGAGAUCAUUGUCCCAAUACAAUGCGACAUUACCUCUAAGGACUCCCUCUUGGCAGCCGUUUCACGCAUCGAAAAAGAAACCGGCUUCGUCAAUUGCGUGAUUGCGAAUUCUGGCGCUACGGGCCCAGAUAUGUACGGUCUGCCUAAAGACCGCAAGCCGAGCCUUGAGGAAGUGCAAAAGUAUCUGUGGGAUACGCCGAUGGCGGACUUUACGCAGGCUUUUGAAGUAAAUGCAACCGCGUGCUUCUACACGCUCGUCGCAUUUCUAGGGUUAUUGGGAAAAGGUAAUGAGAGUGAGGUUGCAAGGAGUGUAGGUGUUAAGAGUCAAUUCAUCGUCACGGGAAGUAUUGGCGCUAUGAGUCGCAGGCCCGGAAUGGGAUUUGCGUAUGCGGGAAGUAAGAUGGCGCAGCUUUCGACGAUGCUAGCAGACUGGCGGCUCGACAUCCGCGCGAAUUGCUUCUGUCCUGGUGUAUAUCCGAGCGACAUGAGCAAGGGCUGGCGCGUACACAAGUAA